AACAAGAGUUACAUUAGAUGCUGACUCACGACCUGAAGAGUGCCUCCGAGCCAGAAGUCUUUGAUUGAAAAACUUUGGGUAACGAGAAAGAAGAGACCACAAAGGAGUCUUCAGCACCAGGCUGAUCCUAAUAUAAAGAAAAAUGUUGAGUGACAUCUUCUACCCUGACAACCCUAAGAGAAGGGAGCAGCUCAUCCGCAAAGGGCAAGAGCUUCGAGAUCUGAUGAAGAACAACUUCAGAGCCACCAACCAACUGAAUGAUGCUAUGAACAAGUACUUGAGUUGCUCCUUCGAACAUAUCUCCCUUAACGAGAACGCUACUCUUCGGGAGAACUGUACUCUGAUAAUGGGAUGCAUGUGUAAUAUAAUGGUAGUGGUAGAGAGGAUUGACAGGGAGCUGAAGGAGAAGCUGGAACCCACCAUGUACGAGAAACUGAGAAAACUGUCUCUGUCUUCUGCAGACUUUAAAGCAAUUUCAAAAGCUUUGGAAGCGGUUUGUGGUAUUGCAACUGUGGAAUCUACUGUUUUCGUUGGUUAUUUAAUUGAUAAUGUAGUUACUCUGGCAAACAUAACAAAAAUGUAUGCUGUAAUUGGAGCAGGGAAAUUGGCCUGUGUUAGGUUGGCAGUGGUGUUCUUGGGGAUCGACAUGAUUGUGAAGGACAUCAUUGGGAAAAUCGAGCGUGAUCAACUUAAGAAAGCCCUAGAAGAGUAUGACAAAGUUUUGGAUGAAUUCAGGCCAGCGUCUGAACAAUAUCAGGAUAAAAUUACCUAUGUCAGAGUCAAAAUUGAGAUGGAGAAAGAAGACAUGCUAGUUUGAAAUGUUUCUUUUUCCUGCCUGAAAUGUUUGCUGGAAUUAUGAAUUCAUUAUUGUUGUUACGUCUUUGUGCUUACAAAAGCAUGCAGAAAUAUAUGAAAAUUUAGCUCAAAGUGACAAUGUAACAUAAUAUGUGGAAUGUGGAAAAAUCAAAAUAAAUCACAGUUCUGCAAUUAAAGGGUCAUAAAACCAUGGGUGAUUGUCCACUUCUUCCAUAAUACAAAUAUGACAUAAAGAGAUAGGUGCUGCUAUCUCUCACUCUCUCAUCAUUUGGAGACAGAAUAUGC